AUGGAUAUUUCAACUUUUUCCUAAAACUAAACUUGUGUUAAACAUAAAAAAAACCAAAUUACUUUUUUAAAGGUUAACGAGACGCUCAAUUAAGAUAGCUCUAAAAUAUUUUAUUGUAAUGAAUGCGUCAAUUAAGAUUUAGAAUUUAAAGGAAUAAAUCAUAUUUUAAUUUCUUAAAUCAUUGAGGAAUCACAAACAAGCAUCAUACAGAAGUGGCCUCCAAUAAAUGACUAUACUAUUUUAGAUAAAUUAAACAAAUAAAUAUCAAAUUAUGAUUCUUCUCAGUCAAUCUUACAGCAAAUAAAUCAUUUUUUUACAGAAUUAAAAGAUGAAAUUAUAAGAAGAAUAGAUUUUUGCUAGAAAAAAGCGAUCAACUAAAUUCUUGAUUUACCCUUUGGCACAGACUAAAUUCUCAAGAAAUAUCAAGAAAUUUCAUAAAUUGAAAAACUAAAAAAACUUAUUCAAAGCGACUACACAGAUUCAGUUUAAAAAUAAGAAAUGGAGUGUCGAUCAUUUAUAUAAUAGGUAGAAUCAUAAAAAUAAACCAACACAGAAUAGCUUUAAAAUUUACUUGAUUAGUGCAUUUAAAAGGAAUAAUUAGCUUGUUUUGAUAAAUCGAAUGCAAUCAAACUUUCCAUUUAUCAACUAAUUGAUAGUAUAAAUUUCUUUCCCAAUAGUAGCUAGAAUUGUACUAAUGAUAAUAAUGGAGGUAACUUAUCUAUGUAAAGAUUGACUAAUCCUGAAAAAUUAAUGCAACUAGUAUCAAACAAAUCUAAUUUUUGUACUUAAGAGUUCUUAGAAUCAUUAAGAAGAAGUCUAGAAAAGAUAAAUCCAUCUUUAGAAACAGUUUGUUUCGAUAAAAUAUUUUAAGAGAAUAAGCAACCUAUUAAAUUUGAUGGAAUAAAUAACUCUAAACUAGAAGAAAUAGAUGAAUAUGUUACGCACUUGACAUAGCUGCAAAAUAAGUAGGGGUAUAAUUCAGCUAUUAUUCAGUCAGAAAGAAUCAAAAAGAUAUUGUAAAUUUUUGAGAGCAAAACAAAUUUUGUAAAUGAGAGCAUGUAAACUUACAUUAAAGAAAUUAUGAUAGAAUUUUAUCCAUUAAUGAAAAAGUUAGAUACUUUGUCAGUUUUUAGAUAACAGGAAGACUUUGAUUUACUCAAAGAUUUAUCUGAUGAAGUUCUUUAAGAUUUUAUUAAAAUUUUAAGAAAGAAAUAAUAAUUACAAGUAAACAAUAAUAAUACUGUAAGUGUAUCAGAUUAGAUUAAAUUGCUACCCUUUACUUAUAAUUUUUAAUUUUGUAAAACUGAUUUAGAUAAAAUUCUUUCAAAUUUACCAGUUUUUGAUAUUGUAAGCAGAAGCAAAACAACUGAUAUUUUAUAAGAAUUUGAUAUGGAGUCAGCAAAUUACAAUGAUGGGAAUUAAAGGAUUUAAAUUGUCAAAGACAAUUAGUUUUAUUAAGAAAUUUUUGUAGAUUAGUAGCAAUAUACUGGUAGUUUUAAAGAUAAAGGAACAAAUUGUAUUUCAAGAAAUGUGCUAGAUAAGGAACUUAAAUACAUUUUUAGAGUAUAAUUGCUAGUAAGUGAUAAUAAAAAACAUGCUUUUAGUAUUGGAUUAAUACAAAAGUCUAAAUUAAAUGUUGAAGCUGGUUUUAAAUAAAAGCUUUCAUGUGAUUUUAGGUAUGAUAAUACAAAUAUUGAACACAAAAUUGGAGAUGGCAUAGACAAGUAUAUUAAAGGGGAUAUUAUAAAUAAAUAUUACCCUAAUUUUACUGUAGAAAUUCGUAUUCAUUUAGCAGGAAAAAUUUUAUAAGUUCUUGACUAUCCCAAUUACCAACAUUAAAUUGAAUUAAAUGAUGAAUAUAAGGAUAAACUUAUUUAAUUCAAUGAUCUUUGUUUAUACUUUCAUUUGGAAGGUGAAAAUACGAAAUACAUAUUAAAACAAGUCUAAAUAAUUGAUGAAUUUGUAAAUUGA